AUGAUCACGCUCUCCCGUGGAAUUCUGUCCCCAAGAAUUGGAGGAAGCUUUUCUGCGACGGCCUUGCCAAUGUUUCACGCGAGAGGAGGAAAGUCAAACAAUGGGAAUUGCAUUUCAGAUGGCGGAUGCCUUUUUUUCUUGAAGCAGCUGGGUAGUGCUUGUGGAAGAUGGACUAUGAUACCUUUAGAGAAGAGUUGA